AUGUCUUCUCUUGGCGAGAUUCAGACGAACCUUUUCAUCAAUGGGAAGUAUGUACCAUCCUCAAGUGGUGAGACCUUGACUAUAGUCUCCCCAUUCGACGACUCCGUUGUCACAGACAAAGUCCAAGUAGCCUCGGAAAAGGACGUCGACGCCGCCGUCGUCGCCGCAAAAGCUGCCUUCCCCUCAUGGCGCUCCACUUCCGGCGCAAAACGCGCCGACAUCAUGCUCAAAUUCGCCUCUCUCCUUGAGUCCAACAUCGACAAGCUCGCCCGCCUUGAAUCCGCUGCAAUGGGCCAGCCCAUCAGUGUUGCGAAGAAGUUUCUCCUGGGUCCGAUCGCGCUGUGGAAGUACUAUGCUGGGUAUGCGGGUAAGGUUGCUGGGGAGAGUUUCCCGCCGGAUGAGGAUGGCACGUAUAAGAUUGUGCAGUAUGAGCCGUUGGGAGUAUGUGCGGGGAUUUGUGCGUGGAAUGGAUCGCAUGUGUUGGCAGCGUGGAAGAUGGCGCCGGCUAUGGCCACGGGGAAUACGUUUAUUCUCAAGUCGAGUGAGAAAUCGCCUCUUGCUCUCACGGCGUACGGCGACUUGAUCAACGAAGCUGGCUUUCCUCCAGGUGUGAUCAAUGUUUUGACGGGUGCUGGACCUGUAGGAUCUCUCCUAGCAUACCAUAUGGACAUUGCGAAGAUUGCGUUCACGGGCUCCGCGGUAGCAGGUCGGAAAGUCAUGGAGGCGGCGAGCAAGUCCAACCUCAAACACGUAUCGCUUGAGCUUGGAGGCAAGUCACCGGCUCUUAUUUUCGACGAUGCGAAUCUCGAGAACGCAGUAGAGCACAGCUCCACGUCUUUCUUACGAAAUUCGGGACAGAUCUGCUUUGCCGCCAGCAGGGUGCUGGUCCAGGAAGGUAUUGCACCAAAGUUCAUCGAAGCUAUCAAGACGGCUUUCGAGAAGGCCGAUGAGAAGAUGGGAGAUCCGAAUCUGGAGGAUACGGCAUUCGGACCUUUGGCGGACAAGAAGCAAUUCGAGAGGGUCAUGAGCUUCAUGACUGGUGCCAGGGAGGAAGGUGUCCAAGUCCUAGUCGGUGGCGAGAGGAAGGGUGACAAGGGCACCUUCGUAAGGCCCACGAUUUUCUUGAAUCCGGAUCUGAAGAGUAAGGUCUACACUGAUGAGAUCUUCGGACCCGCCAUCUCGUUGCGGACGUUCAAGGAUGAGGAGGAAGCGAUCGCUCUCGCAAAUGAUACAACCUACGGCCUUGGAUCAACGAUCUAUACCUCUGACAUUGCGCGUGCCCUCCGCGUGGCGACUCAGAUCGAGGCAGGGACUGUUGGCAUCAACUCUGCUUUUGCAACCAAUGCUCAGACCCCAUUUGGAGGCUUCAAGCAAUCCGGAUAUGGUAGAGAGUCGGGCAUCGAAGGAUUGAAGGAGUACGUGCAAGCGAAGACGAUUCACAUAAACUUGAACGUACCGCCGCCAAAAGUGGCACAGUAG